ACUUUGUGUACUGUAACAUCCUAUGGACUAUGGCGUGAGGGAAAGGAUCAGAAUUCAAAUCUAGCUACGUUGUAAAUAAUUAAUAAUUGUUAAAGCUACAGUUUAAAGAUGAACUAUACACAGUUGUUAAGUUAGAUAGGAUUCAAAGUUGACGAAUCUGGCUGGCAUGGUGGUAGAAAUACCUAACCAAAAAAGUUAAAAUAGAUUUGAGGUUAAAUGAAGGAUUUCUCAAUUAGGCUAUGUACGACAUUAUGAUUUGAGAAGUUUUCAUCUUUUGAAGAUCCCCAUUUUAGCCUAUUAUAGGGACUAAAAUGCCUGAUAUUACAACUACAAAGAAUGCUGUACAUCAAACCACCCAGAGGAGAUAUUCAACUCUGUGAACUCCAGGAGUGUGUUAUCACUCGCAUCAAUUACUUCUUACUCAGAUAUCAGCAAGAUCCAGCUGUGUCGAAAAAUGAUUUGAAAUUUGAGUAUUUGCAAAUAGGAACAGCACUUGAUAGAAUAGGACAUUUUAUUUUGAGGUUGUUAUCACUCGAGUCACAACUGGUAAAGGAAUUCAUUAUAUCAUCUGAAGCAACUUUUACCAUUGAGAGAUUGGAAUUUCUGUCAUCAGAUCAAAUAGUGCAGCUAAUAAAAACAACUAUAAGGCAUAUUGACGAAGUUGGUGAACCAUCCAAGAGUGAUACACUAUGGAAUACCCAAAUCAAAUAUAUUUUUAAUAAGAUUAAAUCUGCUUUCAAAAGUGCACACAUUAGAGAUUUCAACCAUGACAUUUUAUGUACUGCAUACGUUUUAAAAAUUCCUUUUGAAAUGUGCGUGAGUUUGGUGGCAAAAAGAGAACUAGAGUUAGAGAAAGGAAAAAUAAUAGUACCAUGCGGGAAGUGGAAACAGUUCUUACGGUGCUUCUUUGAGGCACAUGUGAAACGGGAAAUAAGUAAAAUGGAAUCAAAAGGCUGUGUUGCAGAGAUAAUCGCUGAUCAGCGGUUGAUUGAACUCAGGGAUAUUGUACACAAGAAGGUUGUAAACUGUACAAUUAAUGGCUCAAACAAAGAUAAAGUAAGGUUAACUGACCUCAACAAGGUAAAAAUAUUAUUCCCUCCCUGUAUGGGAUAUUUGUAUAGCAACUUAAAGAUCAACCACAGAUUGAGCCAUCAUGCUCGCUUCAACCUCUCAUUAUUUCUUAAAGACAUAGGAAUGUCACUCAAUGAAUCCAUAUCAUUCUGGCAGGAAGAAUACUCUAAACCAAGCAAGUGCGGAGGGAAAUGUUCCCAUUCCUGGCAGAAGAACGGACCCAAGUACAUUUACAGUAUCAGGCACCUGUAUGGCUUGGAGGGAAAGAGAGCCAACUACUGUUCACCAUCUUGUUCAAAAAUUCAGAAUAACAACCUUGGACCAUCAGAAGAAGGAGGUUGUCCUUUCUUGACCUUUGAUCACUGCAGGUUGAAGAACUCUUUGGAUCCAAGUGUAGUGCAGAACCAGGAAGAUUUUGAAAAAGUUUUGUUCCUAACUUCUCAAAGUAAACCAAUGGCAGCUUGUAAGUUUUACCGAAAAACUCUCAUGAAGACAGCUAGUGUAACAUCCCUCACUGAUAAAGAGCACAAGACUCCAGUUGAAUAUUUUGUGAUACUACACAAACAUUUCAGUUUAGAUUUUAGAUAGCACAAAAGGCUAUUUUCACUAAUAAAAUGUAUAUUUUAGUAAA